AUGAGUUUAAACCCUACACAUAUACUUAUUCGCCACCACCAUUCACUACCACCGCUACCCUGCACCACAACCACCGUUGCCGCCACAACCACCACCGCCGCUGCCAAUAUCACCACUGCCACCAUCACCCGCCACCACCAAUACCACCGUCGCCACCACCCACCACCAUCGUCAUCGUCGCCGCCACCACCACCACCACCUCCACUACCAUCACCCACCACCCUUUCUGCCGCUGUCACCACCACCACCAACGCCGCCACUACCACCACCGCCAUCGUUGUCGCCACCACCACUACCAUCACCCACCACCGCUGCCACCGUUGUCGCCACCACACCACCACCACUACCAUCACCCGCUAG